GGCCACCCUCGCGCUCCUUUCUUAUGGAGGACUGCGGGGUUUCGCGUGGUCUGCAGAACAGGUAAGCCGUUUGAGGGCGAGAGGGGAGGGGAGGCGGCGGUUUGGGCUGCCGUUGGCGGCGGCGGCUGCCUGGGCGAAAGUGUGUGGGGCGGCUUGGGGUGCUCGCGCCGACCAGCCUGGCUGAGUUUCCUCCCUAGCCGCCGACCAACCCGCGCGUACCUUGAACUCAGCUAGGCCAGGACUCGUGGCGGCGGCGAGCUUCCCGCCUUCAGCUGGAGGCCGAGGCGGCGGCGGGUUGGGGAACCGUUGUGGGUCUGGAUGCCAUUUUUCAUGGACGGGCCACGUCGCGCUCCCUCACAAAGAGGCUCCCGCGCCUUAUAACUGGUCGGGGCUGGGCACCUUUGCCCACUUCUAGAAUGCAAUUUAUAGAAUGAGUGGUAGUUUUGGGAAGCCUUGUUAUUCACUCUCUUCUUUAGAGCCUACAGCCCACUCUUCUAUCCCCCCCCCGACCUAACCAGUGGAAGGAGAUGAAGGUAAAGUUGUGUAUUACAUUAGCGGACGGACCCUACUGCAUUUAUCUAAAAGCAGUUUUUGUCAUAACGUGCUAUUGUCAUGUUACUUACAUUCCUCGUGUAGUAACUUGAAAAAUAGAAGGUUGUUAAUACACGUCAUGCCAGAGCUUUCCCAAAUAUGUGUUGUUGAGACACAGGGUGUAGGUGUUUCACAGUUCCCCCUGGGGCUGGAAAGGGAGCGGGCAGCCCACUGAGUAGCUGCUGCCAGGCUGCACAGGAGCCUCCGCACCCUGCCUGCCUGCCCGCUUUCCUCUGCUCCCUGGUCGAGGCUGCUUGUCAGGAGCCCUCAGGUGCCCGGUCUCAUCGCUCGUCGUCUGCGCUCGCCGGAACAAGCAGCAGAAUCUGAAGAUCCAUGCUUUCCAAGGAGUCAUUGUCGUCUCAUUCUCUUGCCCUGCCCCACCAUGUACUGCCUGCCUGGCUGGGCUGGGUGGUAGCCCUCCCCUCUUCUCUUGCAGCUCUCCUGCCUCUGGGCCAGUGCAGCGCCCAGCCAGCAUGAGGCCCUGGCCCAGGAUGGAAGAAGUUUCCUAAGUGCCCUGCAGUAGCCAAGACUAGUUGCCACCCACCCUCACUGGCUGCUGGAUCCCACCACUUUGGCCUCACACUUGUUGCAGAGACCACCACCACCUGCUCUGAGGGAGUUUAAGUGCUGAUGCUGCUAUUUUCAUGUUUAAUUACUUAAAUUGCAGUUGAAUUACCCCCUAAAAUGGAUAGGUUUCUAAUUAAGAAAAGUUGGUGGAGAUGGCGUUUACAAUGAACAGAAUAUAGCAGCUGUAGAGGAAACUAUACAAGAAUCAACUGUUGAACAGUCUGUUUUAGUACAUAAGAAGUGUAAAGGAAAAUAUUCCAAGCCUCAUUUAUACAGUAAAGAUUACAGUAUAUGAAACGGGGAUUCGUUUUCUGGUAAUGAAAACAAUCCUUUUCCCCAGUGUCGUUUGUAGGGAUAUACUUACAAAUGGAAGUAUGGUACCAAACAAGUUGAAGUCAUUUUACAUCAAAACACAGUCAUUUGUCAGAAAAAGCAGUAGAAUACUUUAUUGAGAUUUCAAAACCUAUAAAGAAGCCGUCUGCAUCACGCAUAAAGAGAAUGCAGACGUUAAAGAAAGCUCAAAAGGCAAGUUACUUGGUAGCUCAAAUAAUUACCAAAAACAAGGAACCACACACUAUUGCAGAAACCACCAUAAAGGAAUCUUGCUGUGCUAUUGUUUGAACAAUGUUUGGGCCAGAAUUUGAAAAAGAAGUUAAUAAAAUCCCUUUGGCAGAUAACACAGUUGGAAGAUGUAUUCAAGACAUAUCUGAUAACAUUAAGCUGCAAAUGAAGAAUAUUUUUCAAAAUGAUAAUUGAUCUUUACAUUGCAACAGAUGUCAGUAGCGCAAUUAUUUAUUUUUAUACGUUUCAUUCAUACUGACAGAAUUAUUGAGCAAUUCUUCUGCUGUCUAGAACUUCCAAUAAAAACUAGAGGUGAAGAUAUAUUUAAAACUUUAGAUUGCUUCAUAAAGGAAAGUAAUUUGCAGUGGUUAAAUUGUGUAGGAAUAUGCACAGAUGGCCCACUCUCAAUGGUUGGUUCAACAAAGAGUUUUAUAGCUUUAGCAAAGGAAGAAUAAAAAUAUAAUUACUUGUUGCUUUUUACAUCACGAAGCACUAGUCGCACACUACUGGAAAUGAAUUAAGAAAAGUUAUGGACAAAGUGGUUCAAAUGGUCAUUUACAUUAAAAGUAGACAUCUUGAAUCAAGAUUAUUUGCUCAUUUGUGAAGAAAUGGGGGCAAGUUUUCAAAAGCUACUACACACAGACAUUUGUUGGCUGUCAAGAGGUAAAGUGCUUUGUCUUGUAUACGAAUUGAGGGAAAUGAUGCUUAAACUUUUUGAGGAAAAUCAGCAAAAGGAAUUCUGUGAUCUCAUUCAAAACAAACUUUGGUGUGCAAAAUUGGCAUAUCUUGCUGACAUAUUUGAACAUUUGAAUAAAAUGAAUACCAGUAUGCAAGAAAAAGGAGAAAAUAUAUUAACAGUGGUAGAUAAAAUUUGUUCUAUGAGAGACAAAAUAGCAAUUUGGAAAAGGAAAGGGAAAGAAGGAAAUUUUGAAAUGUUUCCCAAAACUUCUGAGUGCGAGCUAAAAUGUGAUAACAGCUCACUAAUUGCUGACCAUUUAACAUUGUUCAGAGAGAAAGUUCAUCAUUGCUUCCCAAGUGUUGAAAUCCACGACUAUGAUUAGAUCAGAAUUCCAUUUCUUUAAACUGCAAGGAGGAACUUUCACUUAUUGAAGAAGAAUUAGCUAAAAUUAUUGAUGUCUGUUAAUGAUGUAUGAGAAGGUGACUUGCAGUUUUUGCAUUCAUGUUUCAAAAAUUCGUCCAAAUAGGUAAAAAAGCGUUAAAUAUUCUUCUGCAAUUUUUUACUAUGUACAUUUGUAAAGUAUCCUUUUCAACAAUGACAAACUUUAAGACACUGAAACGUGGAAUUUAAAAAAUGUUUGAUGAUGAAAUGUGAGUGUCUAUCUAAUAUUCCACCAAAUAUUCAAAACCAUGUUCAUCCUACUAAUCUCAUACAUCUCAUUAAAAUGGUAAGUAGUUACUGGUUUUAUUCAAUUUUUAAAAAAUUCUUGCACAUAUUUACAUAUUGUUACACAUAAAUGACAACAAUCUUGGAAAUGUAUGUUGUUAUCUUACAAAUCAUAUAUUUUAAAAAAUAUAAAUGAAACAUUUUCAUGAGAUGUUGUGUCCCCAUAAAUUUCAUUAUUGCAGUUUAUGUAUGUAUGCAAAUCUCUUAGUUUAACCUCUAGUUUGCUAGUAAAACUGAAUUACUGUGUCGUGCUAUGAUGCAUGUCUAAAAAUUGUGCCACCAACAUGGAAAGUUUGGAAAGCUCUGCAUUCUACACAAAUGCACAAGUAGUGUGUGUGCAUGCAGCUGAUAUCUAUAUAUAUUUGAAAGUGGAGGUACAUUAACUAUGGCAUUGUGAGGCCCUCUUUUCCUUUGUAUAAUUUUUCUGGAAUUGACCUAUAUUUUAAUUAGUUGGUCUGUUGAAAAUACAAUGGGGAAAAUGUACUUCUAGUAUUGAUUAUUUUGAGUUAUUUCCAGGCUGCCAAGUUGUUUGAAUGAUGAUGAAUUAGACAGCUGAAGAUCAUUACUAGAGCUGAUGUCUUCAUAAAUCAGUAGCAUCAGCUGAAUGUCCUAGCUAUGAUAAAUUGCCUCUUUGUCAGUGGGGAAAUUGGUUAGAGAGUUGUCUUAUGGCCCUGACCCAUGACCUCUUCACUGUGUAGCAAUCUAUUUUUUGCUUGAUGGUACUAGGAAAUACCAUAUACUCAGUUUUCAGAUUGAACUGAGCCUGUAGGGAAUAUGUUGUGCUUGUUCACAUAGCUGGAGUCCCAAAGCAAAGUUCACUUUAAUCCUGAAAUUUUAGUUCAUAUUUUAUACUUGCCAGAUAAUACAAACUUAAAAAAAAGAAAGAAAAACUCUUUGGAAACAUGGUGUUUCUAUAAAAUCUUUUAACUUUGCAAGGAGACACCACCCCAUAAUGAUUUUUGGAACUGGGAAUCUAAUGGCCUUCGCAGUUCCUCUCAUCAUAUUCUGACAAUGGAAUCUACUGUUAUGUUUACACCCAGUGGCUUCAGAAUCAUUUGUCUGGGAUUCCAUUGUUGUUUCAACCAACAAGGUAUAACAACAUGAACCCUUGAGAAUACUGCAUAUAUGAGCUUUCUUUGUAAUGAAAACACACAAAACUGAGAAAAUAUAUUAACAAUUUAAACCAACUUACUUUAGCAUCUGCUGAUUGAAUAAACUAAGGCAUAGCUACCCUUUCCAAGAGCAACUCAAUUCCAAGCUUAGGAAAUGAUUACCGGUAACAUUCAGGGGACCAGCAAACCAACAUUUGGUACAGGUAGAUUCCUAUAUUAGUACCAUCUGCUUUUCUCUGCUCUUUAAUUAAGGAGAGGAAAUGGAUAGAUGAAUUGCCUUGCAGUUUGUGUCCAUGAAUGUGAUGUAGCCACAUCACAGCCAAUGUAUGUCUGAAAGAUUGAGUAGACUUUGGCAAAAUGCUUUGUAUGGGAAGUAGUAAUAUGCUUUGAAGGCAACAGCUGUUGAGGAUAACAGACAUAUUGGCAUGGAUCCAGAUUUUGCUUCUGCCAUUGGGAGUAUCCAGCUAGUGGAGUUUCCAUUAGUAGGAUGUGGUGGAGACAGACAACCUUUGCUAAUCCCCCUAUUACCCGUUCUAAAAAUCUACUUUGGAAGAUUGGGGGACCCUCCAAAACAGUCUGGGAGGGAGGGAAGUUUGUGGAAAGGAGUGGGGAAAUGUGCAAAAGUUGCUCCUGCCUGCCAGUGCGAUCCCUGUACUGGAUCAAAAGCAUUCCAUGGAUGAAAGGAGUAUAGCUGUCAACCUUCCCUUUUUUUGUGGGAAAUUCCCUUAUUCCAGUGCUGUUUCCCGCUGCUAUCCUGGAUUAUUAGAUACCCGUAAAUUUCCCGGAUUUCAAAGGAAGCAGCUCUUCUCCCUCCCUGCCGGCCAGGGAGGGUCCUCAACUGCGUUGCUCGGAUGCGUUGCUCACCAAUAAGGAGUCUGAGAACGACUGGGGGGCGGAGCUUGCAUGCCCUGUGCCAAUAAAAUCAGCUGCGUUGCCUGGGGACUCGCCUUUGCUUCAGCGCUUCCCAGCGGUGUGGUUUCCUUGCUGCUGUAUCCCUUUUCCGGGUCGCUGCGCUGUGGGAACCACUGCUUGAGGCUUCGUUUCGCUGCUGGGUAGGCUUUCCGCCUUUGACUUGGAGGGGCUCUGAACGUACCUGUUCUCGGAAUCGGAUGGAUACAUCGACGGCACACUCACCCUUGCCAGGCAUAAGGUCUGUCUGGAGCAGGGGCACAUGGGGAAAAGAGAAGGAGCAGCUGGUUGAGUACAAUGGUGGGUGGUGAUCUCAUGGGGGGCGCUUUUGGAUUUGUUUUGGAGGCUCCUUCGAUUGACUGCUGUGGGGGAAAGGAAAGGAGCUGGUUGACUAAAAUGGCGGGCGGCGAUCUCAUGGCGAGGGGGGGGAGGUUGUCACCACUGUGUGUGUGGGGGGGGGCUAGUUAAUGCAAGCUGAGGGGGUUUUUGAACGCUGGAUGCCGUUUUGUUGCACGUGCUGCUGCAAAGCCAAGCCAGGGAGCCAUUUUAAAUUGAGGCUGCAUAGGCCUUGUGGUGCAUGUGAUUCAGAUUCUAUUCAGUUGAACCUCUGGUUACAAAGUUGACAUUUUUUCAGCAAUGCCCCCCUAGUGAGUCUUCUUUUGUUCACUUUUUAUUUUGAGGCAGUGCACACCUAUGUUUGUGGAACUGCAAAUCUUUCCAAUCAUGUGUUACUCCGUCAAAUCCCACGUAUGAAUGUGGAGGAGGUAGGAUUGCUACAGGAGAGCAAUUUCUUUGCAAAUUGCAUGUGUGGCUACUCUGAUGUUUUGCUUUUCUUCUUUUUCAAACAAAGAAAGAUGGAUGGAGGUGAAGAAGACAUUCCUUCAAAAAAAGCAAAGAGAUUGUGCAAGUAUCGUGAGAAAUGGGAAAAGGAAUUUAACUUCUUGAAGAAGAGCAGAGUGGGGCAUGGUCAUGCAUUCUGCACAAUUUGCAGUUGCGAUUUUAGUGUCUCCCAUGGGGGAAGGACUGAUGUCACUCAGCAUAAAAGAUCGGCCAAGCACAAGCGCGGGCUAGAGGCACAGAAACAUGCCCCGGUGAUGUCCGCAUUUGUGACUAGGAAUACCACAGAGGCUGACCAGGUCAGAAAUGCAGAGGUUAAAAUGGCCAUGCUGUGUGCCAAACACAACAUUUCUUUCACCUUCUGUGACGACUUCAAAAAGUGUGUAGCUGACAUGUUCCCGGACUCUGCCAUUGCACGAAAAUAUUCUGCGGGGAAAACCAAAACUACGCAAAUCGUAAAAGGUAAGUUGAUUCACAUUACGAAAACAAUGGUACCUCAGGUUAAGAACUGAGGUACCACUGUAAUAUUGUCGGCUUAGGUGUCCUAAGAGGGCGAAGUCUGGAUCUUGGGUGCAUCUUACAGCAGUUUUAACUACAAAAAGACUUGCUCUCCACUUCAUACUGCUGCCUUAGGCUGUAGCAUCUCAUGCAAAUUCAAGAUCUCAAGUGUGAGUGAUAAAUUUGUGGAGUAAGUUUAGUCAUCUGUUCUGUUAUCAGGCAACAGUUGAUUCAAGGUACAGUGGUACCUCAGGUUACAUACACUUCAGGUUACAGACUCCGCUAACCCGGAAAUAGUGCUUCAGGUUAGGAACUUUGCUUCAGGAUGAGAACAGAAAUCAGGCUCCGGCGGCAGCAGGAGGCCCCAUUACCUAAAAUGGUGCUUCAGAUUAAGAACAGUUUCAGGUUAAGUACGGACCUCCGGAACGAAUUAAGUACUUAACCUGAGGUACCACUGUACACCUAAAAAGUUAUCCCUGUUAACCUCAAUAGCCUCAAAUCCCUACAGAUUGGGACAGAGCUAGUACUAGUUUCUAACUUUUGUGUGCUUGCAUGCAGCUAUAGAAAUUUGGAACAACAAAUACAGGGUCAACGUUGUAAGCAGUCCAUAAGCUCCUUGCAUCUGGGCUGAUUGUGACCUAAAAUAUUUCUAAAACACCCAACCAUGAUUAUGCAUUUGGUAUAAAGUACCAUUUCCAUGGGCAAGAAUCCCCCCCCCCCCGCUUCACACAUUCAAGGAUCUGUGAAAAUUAUUUUUCAAUGAUAAAAUUAUUCUUUUGCAGGGGACGACUAGCAUGAUGACUUGUGCUUCGUGGUAUGUUGAAAAUACAGUCGUACCUUGUGUUGCGUAACUUCCAGGUUCCGGAAUCUUUGGGUUACGGCUGCGGCAAACCCAGAAGCAGUCCUCCAGUUACGGAAUUUUCAGGAUAUGGCCGGGCCUCUGCAGCGGAUCCCGUUUGUAUAUAUUUGAGAUAAAAGACAACUUUUGUACAAGCCAAACAAUUAGUUACAUAGUUGACAUUUUUAAAAUAGUAUUUUCAGCUGGUUAUCUAUAAAUGUCUUAUUAUUCUGUUAGUUUAGGUCUGUCAAGAUGCCCUGUUGACCCCUAAAGUAUGGAUAAUGGUAAGUGUUACUCUUUAAAAUUUUAACUUAAGUGCUUUAGUAAAACUAGUUUUUAAUAGACACAUAGUUUGAGUUUAAAUUUACUUGUACAAUAUUCCUUUUCAGUAAACAUUAUUGUAUGACACUUCAUACAACCUCAGAUUGUUAUGUAUAUGACUUUUCUUGUUCCCUGCUUUUGGAAAAAAAAACGAGGGUUCAUUCUGCAAGCAAUUACAAAGCCAUGGAAAUAGUUUAAUAUAGAAAAUCAUGUUUUCCAUUAUACAGUAUAGAUAUAAAAAAUUGCAUUGCUGGCACAGUGAUGAUUUCCUUUUGCCGUUUACCCAUCUGAAUUUAUACUGAUGUGUAUUUCCUAAUUCUGAGAUGCCAGUAAAACUUUAAAUGGCCCAAGUAACAUAAUUACUUAGAACAUUAUAAAGUUAUGUUAAUUAUUUUUAUUGCAGUGGAUGUUUUGAUUGUGUGCCUUCCUGAAUUCGGAUGUAUUCAGAAAUGAGACCAGAUUGUCAAAUCGUUUUCAACCAUGAAAGUGCUACUUGCAAGUUUGAGGUAGUUGUUCACUAAACCUGUAAUCCAUGUAUAAGAAACCAAACUUGAGUGUUUUGCAAAUGUUAUAUGAAAAAGAAAUUUUAUUUUACUGUAAUAAGAAAUUUUUGAGAUAAAGCUAAGAAGAUUAAAUUAUGAAAGGGAGCCAUUCUGUCUGAAUACUGAAGGCAUAAGAGCAGCUCUGCUGGAUCAGGCCAAAGGCCCAUCAAAUUCAGCAUUCUUUUCCUGCUCGAUGCAGUUGACAGUAAUCCUUGAAAUUCAGUAUCUUUUGAAAUUUAGAAAACUGAUUUUCAUUCAGUCCUUAAACCACAAAUAUUUUAUAUUUGAUGUUCUAAGGUAUGCCUUAUAUGCAACCAUCUUUCCCCUCCUAAUUGAGAACAAAAGUGUUAGGGCUCAUCCAUGCUGCUGCUUGUUCCUUGACUACAAAGCAUGGGCCCAAGAGGUUUUCCAUUUGCCCCACCACUUUCCCCAGAAAACCUGAUUGAUGUUUGCUCCGAUUCAGUGGUAUAGAGUGGAAAGCAAUGCAACAAGUGGAAGUGUGAACAAGCCCUUACAUUGACGUACACCCAUGGGACAUACCCAAAGAAAGUAACCAUAACAUUGUUAUUCAGGAUAUUGAAAACCCUUUCAUUGUUUCAAUAUGUUCUUAAUGUUGUUUUAAAUGCCAUAACCUGCCCUGGGACCUUACAGUGAAGAGUGGGUAAUAAAUAGAAAAAUUAUUAAUAAUAGUAAUAAUAAUAUAUUUAAGAGACUUUUCCCCCACAUAGUCUAUAUAGCAAUAGUGACUUGAAUUACACUCCAUUUAAGACAUUCAUAGUAAAAGCUGCUCUUAUUUUUUCAUGAAACUUGGGAGGCUGUAACAGGAACCAAUGUCAUACAUCCCUUUUCACAAAAUGGAAAAUGUUUUCUUCCUCUGUUCCUCCCCGCCCUGAGAAAUGCAAGACUAGAAAGGAAAAGCAAUGUCUGAAAUAGUACAAUUCUGUGACCAAGCAUUGCAUCCUCCAUAUUUCCAAUGUUAUAAUGUGACAACGGGAAAAUCAGUUUUGCUAACUCUCAAAAUGUAUGUAUGACAAACAUUAAGAACUACAUGAAUUGAUCUUACAACUAUUUACACAUUCAAGUUUAUUUUUAAAAAUAGACCUCAUUUUGCACAUAUACUAAUCCUCGCUAAUAAGAACAUCUGUUGCAGGUCCAUAUGUAGCAACAAAUUGUUUCAACUGUUGAAGGCACUGCAUCAAGUAAAUAUCCCUUUGAUUCAGAGAGUUUUCACUAUUGAGUUCAAAUGGAAACACAGCAUUUGGGGCCACACAAAACACAGAAGCACCUGUGAAAAUAAAAGUAGAGGAUUAAAUUUGUAUAAUUUAUUUUAACUAGAAAAUGAUAAAGUAUAAUUGAAAAUGUGAUUUACAUCAAUCAAAAUUUCACAUAGAAAUAUCCAGUGAUAGCCAUCCAUGUAGGUAACAGGUUUCUGAACACAGUAAGUAUGGGCAGAAUGUUUCUCCAUCUAUAAGUACUUUCAGAUGUUAAGAUUUUUUUAUAUUCAAAAAUAUAGUUGGUUCUUAGAAUUGGCCUCAUUCAGUCUUUCUCUGUUGCUGUACUAAUAAAUAUAUUUCUGGUUUUAAAACUGGCCUGUCAUUUUUUAAAUGCUCUUUUUAAGGAUGCUGUUUCCAAGGGAGCUAAUAUGAGUGCAUGAAGACACAUCCAAUUCAAAUCCCAGUUCAACUUAUCAACCAAAGCUGUUAGUCUCAUAUCCUGGGUGCAUAUCCAAUUGAAAUGGGUCCACAUGAUCAGUAUCCUACAGGAGUACCUCGAGUUGUGAGUCUGAAUAGCAGUAAUUGAAAUUUAUCGCACAAAACCAGACUAGAUGAUGCACUGGACACUUCUCUGAAUUCACUCAUUACAGUGGCAUCUAGGUCAAGAUGGACGCAAUAUAUUUUGUGCGAGAAAGAGGGGCUCUUUAUAGGAACCAAGUGCAGGAGUGUCAAGUGUCUUGUUUCUGACAGUGCCCUUCAAUGCGGACUCUUCAAUAGAUGGUGAUGUCAACACAAAAGGAAGGGAAGAGAAAUCUCAUCCAUGGAAAUGAGACUUGGGGUGGACAAGCAGAACCUUGAGAGGUAACCAGACAUUCAGUAUUUGGAGCUCUGCUUUUCAGCCCAAUCAUAAAAGCACCCUGCGUUUAAGGAUUUUACGUGGUUACAGUAUUUUAAUAGCCCUCAUUAAGAAAGGUUCAGUUAAAAGGUUUAUACCGUAUUUUAAAGUGAGAGAUGAUUCAAAUAGUAAUACAGCAAUCAAAACAUCUUCUUCAAGUACUUCUGUUCUUAAACUCAGCUUAGCAUGUGCUUUAGACAGUGAAAUCCUACAGUACAAACAUAAAUUUUAUAAUUUUAAAUCAGUUGUACAAAAUUUUAAUAACGAAGUCUGUUGCCAGAGAUGUUGUAUGAAUCUUUACACACAGUGAAAUGUAGCUGCUACAGACAUGUAUGGGGAGAAAUGGGACUUGUGUAUUUUUGAUGUAAUUCAGGUCAGUUACAAGUACAAACAGAGGUGUGGUUUUAGGCUGAUAGAGAUGGAGCCAUAUUGGUUAAAAUAGCUAUAGUGCGCAAGGCAAAUACCCUCUACUGUGCACGCCCAAUUGUUAAUUAAUGUAUAACUUAUACAUAGAUCUUUAUCUAUUAAUGAUAAUAGAGAGGUGGGCAACUCUAUUAGAUUACCAUUUGUGAGGUUUGGAAGGAGCUUAUGAAUUCUCUUGAAAAACUGGCUAUGAGAGUCAAGUUUAAACUGAUACAUCAUAUUCAGAAAUGUAACAAAACAAAGUUAUAUAAAAUGGCUUUUGAGCUCUUAAACUUUAUUAUUUUUUUACAAAAUCUAAGAUUAGUGCUGCUUGAAAUUACACAUUUGUUCACAUGUAACUUAUACAGAUAAGCUGUCGCAAUUUAAGAAACAGGAAGCGAACAAUCCUGUGUCUAAUUUGAAUAAUUUCUUCUGAGCACGCUGAAUGAUUCCCAAGAAAAUGCAUAAGCACUUCCUCCAGAAGUGAUAUGCAUAUAAACUGACAUUUCUAAAACAGACCAAAAGUGCAUAUAAUUAUGUAUUCUAUAACUUACAUAGCUAAGGGGAAAUGUAUUAGGAACAUGAUGAUGGUGGAAUGACUGAUCCUAUUUUCUUUCCCAGCUUUUGGAAAACAAAGGAAUAUUUUGGCUUAUAGCCAUCAGAUUUGGGUUUAUCAUAGUUACUUAUGCAGAAUUAUUACACAGGUUAAAUACAAAUUUUGAAGAACACAUACUUGACAUGUAAAUGAAAACCUACAAGAUAUUCAGUGCAGUUGCUGAGAGAUUUGAUCCAUGAACAGGAUGUGUUCUGACUCUGCGACUUGCUAAGUAGUAACCGUGAAUCAGCCUUUCUGCUUCUGAACAGAGUUCCACAUGCAAAUUUUUGGAGAAAGCAAGGAACUAAAAUGACAUAAAUUAUUUCAUUGGUUUAUGAAUUCUGUGGAAAAAUCACUAGAUUUACCAGUGAUCUUUAAAUUUCAGGUGUAUCGCUUUAAAAAGUAUUUUCCAAGACACAAUUUUCAUUAAAAUAUUAAUAAUUUGUCAAUUCAUUAUUCUUGACAUAUUUUCACAUUACAAAGAACAUGAUUUUAAAAUAGGAAAAAAUGUGGAUUAUAUGAGUGGUUGCAUAAAUACAAACUCAACUUACUUCCUAACUGCUUAAGACAGUUUACACCAAUCACCAUGGAAGUUAAGAUACUCAUGAUUUAGCACGGUUGGUACACCGUUCUGCAGUCAAGUAAGUGUGGGGUCAAACACCUUCCUUGCUUCUUUUCACUUGUAUUUUGAAGCCACUGUUGGAUUUCACAGCUUUACUAAAGAUGUAGAUUUAGUGUAAGAAAAGUUCUCAUUCCUAUUCUGAAUAUUGGACAUUGAAAUUGUCUGAAUUUGAUAAAGUGCAGACGAGUCCUUUAGCAAAUAUGUCUAGUUAGACACAUAACAUAUAUUUUGUAAGUUGGUUACUUGUACAAAUUGAAGUUAAAGUAGCAGAGGAACAAAAGGGAUCCUCAUUAUUCAAAUGCACAUAAUCAGAAAUAUGAUUGAUAGAACAGCAGCUUAUCAAACUGCCCCGCUUGUUGGGUUCAAUUCAUAAUGUCUAGUUACCUCCUCAUAAUCUUGUGUUCCAAACUGUUUGGAGAUAGCAUAGACUGCAUCUUCUGGAUUGAUGGCCUUUUUUAAAAGGAGAUUCACAACAGGAAGAACUGGAUUGGAAAAUGCUGAUUCAUUGCAGUGUAUCAGAAGCCAAAAAGCAUCUAUAACGUUAGCUGAAAUAAAGCUUAAAUCCUAGACAAAAUCAAUAUUUAUAUUUCAGAACAGAACUUCAUAUGGUUUCCAGACAAAACCAGCAAGUGAAUUAUUUGGGACUGAGGGUAUCUAGAAAAAUGUAAAAUUCAGUGGUUUUUCUGAGAAACACAUUUUGGAACAUUUCAUUUAGCACUCUUGGUCUAUUUAACGCAUGCAUGCACUAUAGUCCUAGUUUUAAUAUUGUAGAAACUACCGGUACCUCAAUUCACUGAUGAAAAUAGAUUGCAUGACUGGAGGAAAUCACUUUCUAGAAAGUGGCUGCAAAUUUUGUAUAUCAAUGUCACUCUAAAAGCUAUUAGGUAUUUUUAAUUAAUGUCAUUGUGCAAUUCUAGCAAAGAAACGUUACUUACCAUUUGGCCUAUUAGAGUAUUAUCUCCUUGGAUAUGCUUUUUGCAAGAAGCAUCCACAUCAAUAAAUGACCAAAAACUGGUUUGAAUUGAAAGAGUAACCUGCUGAUCAAUUUCUUCUCCAUAUUUCUUUCCAGGGAUGAAUAUAGUAGUUGUUCUUCCUUCAAGUACUUGUAAAGUCAGGCAAUAAAGACUACUUAAAAUCAGAUAUUUUUUUAUUUCACUAUAAAUAGGUCUUUGAAGAAUGAAAACAACAUAGUGCCAUUGUCUUAAAGAAGAUAGCUCGCAUGCUAUAUAUUCAAAUUACAGAAAUGCACUGGAAGUGCUGCAUAUCAAAAUGUAGCAGAGAACAGGUUGAUAUACUGCUCCCUAUUUUGAAGGACAUAGAAAUUGGUGAAUAAUAUACUAAUUUCUAUCUUAGAAGGUAGUGGUGAUACCCAAUCUUUUCCCCUGUAUCCACCACAUAUGCCCUCCCCCAAUCUGCUCCAGGGCCUCCAGAUAUGACAACAGUAGGUUUGGUGGACAUGUGGAAGCUGCCAGGAGUGGAAGGGACCUUCUCAUUGUACAAGCGGAAGUCCUUUCCGCUAGUUACAGGCACAAUUGAAUGUCACCUUAGUUAUUUUUUAUUUUUUAAUGAUUAAAAUAAUUAUUCUUUAUCAAUACAUUGCCCUGCUAGCAGACAGACAAUAUCCCAGUGUUUUGCUCUUUCUCAUAUGAAAACUACUACAGGCUGCAUUUGAUCAAGGCAAGUAAAGUGAUUCUGCAAGAAUUGUCAUUUGCCAGCCCAUGUGACUAAACAUAGUGGGUUUACACACGCAUACAAAAUGUGAUAUCCUCUGAUAUGUAGAAAGCUGUUGCAGUUCUGAUUUCUUACUGUGGAAAAAAUAUUGUGAUGGACAGAAACCUGGCAUAAGGGAGCUUUUAAGUCAAAGUGUAUUUGGACAUUUGGAUAACUGAAAUAAGGUAUGCCAGAUUUUAGGUACUGCAUUAUACAAAACUUUCAGUUGGUUUACCUGACUGCAACUGUUCAAGCUUAUCCUUCCUAUGUGAUGAUAAUUCUCCAAUGAAGCAUACUCCCCCUUUGGCCAGCAAAGCACUAUUAGCCUGAAUGCUUGCAGUUCCAGUUCCAUGCUUAUCUUUGGACACAGUAGGAAAAACUUCACCAGAUGGAAUAUGCCGUAUGCCCCGUGGAACAAGACUAAUGCUGUAAUUCAUAACUCUAGGUGAUGGGGAAAGUAGAUAUCUUAGUUAUGGAUGUGUAAUACACUUGGAAAAGAAAUCAAGUGUUUUAAAAAAUGAUUUUAGUUUACAUGACAUUGCAGUUCAGUAGAAUAAUUCUGUCCUUGGAAUAAAGAAGUAUAUGCAUUGUUUUACCUCACAUAUUUUCCUUUAAAAGCAAAAUAAGAAAUUGGAACAAUUGCAGUAACAACAUUGUUCUUUGCACAAAGCUAAAUAAAGGGUAUACACAGUCAUCCUACAAAAGGGGGAGAGAAUCUGCUUAUUAAAGAAAAGAGCACUUAGUUACCUCUCUAAUAUUAGUGAAUCAUUCGUCAAUACCAAAAUAUCCAGGUAAUCUGCUGUUAAGUCAUUUCUGUCACUUGUCUGUACUAGACUUAACAAUAUAGCUAGUUUGAGAGUGUUGUUAAUGCCUGGUGGAAGUACUUGUGAAGCAAAACUAUUGGCCAGAAGAGCUGUAAAUCUCCAACACGACUUUGAAGUCAAAGAAAGCAGAUACUUAAAUUUUUCACUGAUCUGGGAAGGGCCUAAUACAAAAACACACCAAAGCCAAAUGAAUCUAUAUGAACAACAUAUCUUACAAUUUUUACAAAUAUAUUCAGUUUCACAUCUUCCAUUUGUAAUUACAAAACUAGAAAAACAGUUUUACAAACACCCACCUUAAGCUCACUCUUAUGCAUGUAGAUUAACGUGGUUCCCAGCUAAGUGGUCACAGGAUUGCUUCUCAGGUUUGCAGGUGUGAACACAUUAAAAUCAGUUUCAUUUUGUUAAAUGAAAACAGGCUAUUCCUUCAACGGCCCCUGUAACUUGGGCCAUUCUCUACUGUGUCUAAUUAUGUGGUCUCCCAAUUCUGCAGUGCUUUGUUUGCCCAGGCUGUCAGUUGAGAAUACUACCUUGUAUCCUCAGGCGAGAUCCAAAAGAAUAUAUCCAUACCCAAUUUCAAUAUGUAUGGACUUGGUUCACAGUGAGUUAGCCCUCAUGAUGUCUAAAUGAAAUUAAGUAAACUAUUGUUUGUACAUUUACAGUGAUACCUCGGUUUACAGAUGCUUCAGGUUGCGGACACGCCGAAACCCAGAAGUACCGGAACAGGUUACUUCCGAGUUUCAGCGCAUGUGCAGAAGCACUGAAUCGCGUCACGUGCGUAUGCAGACACAAUGCUGCGGCUUGCGAACGUGCCUCCUGCACGGAUCACAUUCGUAACCCGAGGUUCCACUGUAUAUAGUUUUAUGUGGUUCCUUUCUACAAACAACAAGGCAUUUUACAAUGUGGUAGUAUCCAACCAAGUCAUACUCGAUGAGCACCCAACUGCAAACAAUGGACUUAACCUAGACAUAUCUAAGGGCUUGUCCACAUUUUUGCUUAUCCUGUGUCAAGAAAGUCUGGAUCUGAGUGGUUUUCUCCUUGACCCAUGCUUUCUAGGCACAGAUCUGAGCAAUUUUCACCUUGCCAUACUCCUUUCCCAGGGAAAACCUGCUCUUCAGUGCUCAAUCGGAGCAAACGUGGUUUUCCCCUUGACCCAUGCUUUCUAGGCACAGAUCUGAGCAGUUUUCAUCUUGCCUUACUCCUUUCCCAGGGAAAACCUGCUUUUCAGUGCUCAACUGGAGCAAACAUUAAUCAAGAGAAAACCCAAAUUGCUGUUUGCUCUGGUUGAGCACUAAAGAGUAGUUUACUCCACGGUUGGGGGCAGGGGAGAGAAGCAGAAAUGUGGCUAAAUCCUAACUCAUAUGACUAAAGUCAGAUACCACAAUAAGCACAGAACUACAGAUGAAAUGCAAGCCCACAAAGAAACCCAAUGAACAAGAUCUGCACAAGACGCCAAUACUAUUAGGGCAAUGUGUAAAUGUAAAUGUAGGAGAGUGCAUAAUUGAUAGUAAAAAGCAAUGUAGGUUUUAUAAAUACAUUUAAAAGUAAUUUAAGUCUCAAAUGUGAAGUCAUUUAAAUGCUGUUGGAUCACAAAUUAAUAGGUAGAGGGCACUCUCUGACUACUAUUACCAUUCACUUAAUUCACUCAUUCAUGUGGGUGGCGCUGUGGGUUAAACCACAGAGCCUAGGACUUGCCGAUCAGAAGGUCGCCGGUUCGAAUCCCAGUGACGGGGUGAGCUCCUGUUGCUUGGUCCCUGCUCCUGCCAACCUAGCAGUUCAAAAGCACAUCAAAGUGCAAGUAGAUAAAUAGGUACCGCUCCAGUGGGAAGGUAAACG